UCGUUUUGGUCCCCAGCCCAUGCAGGAAGUGCUUCUGAGCGAGCAAGGCAUGGAGGUGUUGGUAUACUUGUCAACCCGUAUGGAGCGGUUCGUGACGCGAGACCAUGGAAAGAGGAGUUAUGGACUGCAUAUCGACAAUUUAUACAGUGUACACUGCAAGGUGAGGAGGUGUUGGUGAUGAACUUGUACGCACCGUCCGACCCACGUACCAGGAAACAAUAUUUUAAUCAAUUGCAAGACGUUCCCGUACCGGACGGGGCAAAGGUGAUCGCAGGAGGCGACUUCAAUUGCGUGAUUGACCGCACUUUCGAUAGACGCACAUCUUCGCAGAAGGGAGAUGCUGGACGUGCGCAACUACAAACUUGGAUUGAACGAAGCAGUGUAGUUGAUGCGGUGGAGCAGUUCAAACCUCGCCAUCUCAAUACGGUCACUAAAAACGCCUUCGCCGGCGAGUUCCACACGUAUUUCUACAAUUUGGCUCACGGGCAGAAGGGUUCUAGUCGAAUUGAUCGCUGGUAUAUCUCUACCGAAAUGCAGCAGUGGGUCAGAAGCGUUGAAAAGAGCAAGUGUCCACUCGACUCAGACCACUAUGGAGUCACGAUGCAUCUUCAAUCGCCAAAAAAUCCGAUACGAAUAAAGCGCGAUUCGCCGAUUUACCCGAUGUCGACGUACGUUACAUCCGCAGCAACUGAUCUCAUUGCUACAAGAUUGGCAGCCUUCAGUAAUGAACUAUGCAGCAAAGAUGCAGGAGAUGCUCCCGCUCUUGCAGCAAAGUGGGAUCAAUUUAAAGGAGACUUAUGCAAAGAGCUCACGCAACUUAAACGACAAUGCAGACGCAAAGUGGCAAAGGGAUUCAGACAGCGCAUCCGACGCGUAAUGAGAAAGUUACGCAACUGUGAGGCCGAUCAAAAAUCCACGCCUUUCCUUAAGCGCGUUGAGCUUCUCAACCAGCUGAAAGCAAUUCAAACUCAGCGCCGAAACCUUCGACGGAAAAGGUUAACGAGGAACCAUACGUGGAGAGACCAUUCAUCGUCGAAAUUUUUCUUUCGUAGGAUCUGUACGCGAUUUGGAGACAAUAUCAUUCAUCAGCUUACACCCUCGAGCGGAAAUUCCCAACGAGACCCUAGCGACAAGAUCAACAUACUUGCGGAUGCAUGGCUCCCCAUUAUGAACAAAGAGAACAUCAGUUGUGAGGAAUUCGAUGGCCACGUCGCGAGGAUGAAAUCGCGUUGGUAG